CGGCAGAGAGGGGCGUGGCCUCUCCCGGUCCCGGCCCGGCGCGGGCGGCAGCGGCGCGAUGGCGGCAUCGCCCAGCGCCCUGCGUCGGGCCGGCAACGAGGAGUUCCGCCGCGGGCAGUACGGGCCGGCCGCCGCGCUCUACACCCGCGCGUUGGCGCUGCUGGAGGCCGCAGGGGAGGCCGCCGCCGAAGAGCGGAGCGUGCUGCUCGCCAACCGCGCCGCCUGCCACCUCAAGGACGGCGCCUGCAGCCUCUGCGUCGCCGACUGCAGCGGCGCCCUCGACCUGGUCCCGUUCGGGAUCAAGCCCCUCCUCAGGCGGGCCGCGGCCUACGAGGCCCUGGAGAGGUACCAGCUGGCCUACGUGGACUACAAGACCGCGCUGCAGGUGGACUGCUCCAUACAGGCGGCACACGACGGCGUCAACAGGAUGACUAAAGCCCUGCUGGAGAAAGAUGGCGUGAACUGGCGCCAGAAGCUCCCACCAAUCCCCACGGUCCCUGUUUCUGCCCAGACGAGGUGGAGCAUUCCUUCUGCUGGAGCCCCCGAGGCAAACACUCCUGCAACUGCAUCACAGGGAGAACCAGACCAGACUGCUGCUGGCACGGAGAGAGCUCGAACUCUGAAGGAAGAAGGAAAUGAACUUGUAAAGAAAGGAAACCAUAAGAAAGCAGUUGAGAAGUACACUGAGAGUUUAAAGCUCAAACAGGAAUGUGCAACUUACACCAACAGAGCUCUCUGUUACCUGAAUCUGAAGCAAUACAAAGAAGCAGUACAGGACUGCACGGAAGCUCUGCGGUUAGAUCCUACAAACGUUAAGGCACUCUACAGGCGUGCUCAAGCACUUAAGGAACUGAAGGAUUACAAAUCAAGUAUUGCUGAUAUCAAGAGCUUGUUGAAAACUGAACCAAAGAACACAGCUGCACUGAGAUUACUGCAAGAACUGAACAGAGCCUAGGGUAACCAAGCAACAAGGGAAGCUUUGUUUUCCACUGCAGAAGAAAGCUUUUUCCCUUCUGAUGCUGUUACAGGGACCAAUCUUAAUGCAGGAUCGGUAUUGAAAUGUUAUCUUCCACUGCUGCUGAGAUGUAACAGGUUCUGUGCCAGCACAAUGAAGGUUAAGACACACAUUCUGUAUAAAACUCUAUUAUCUGGCUCUAAGAUAAUUCAAAGUUUGAAUGCCCCUCCCUGAGAGGCAUAGAGGUUAACUUCCCUGGUUGAAGUCAACUUGCCUGUAAUUAUUUGCCUCAGGGACUUUUUCCAUGUUGGCUAAGUUGCAUGUGAAGUGGCUGUUCUCUUUCUGAAGAGCUACAGAGGUGUGUUUUUGUUGUUGUUUGGGUGUUUUCUUUUGUCCUUAUGCAGGUGACAGUUUUGCUGCAUUUGUGCUGCUAUUACUUAAGUAAGGUUGCUGCAGGAACCGCUGCAGCUGCCUGAGCACCAUGUACCAUCCUUGUAACAGAUGCACAGUUACUUGCACAGAGCCGAAAUUGUUCCCUUUCCCACUUGAUGCCUGCUGGCCCUCAGCUGAGUUUCUGCUGCUUACUGUGGCUGGGCAGAUGUUUACAGUAGCAGCUUUCUUUUAUUUUUAAUUAUUCUGCACAUUAAAGAAAACAGCAGCAAGUUAAGCCUGCCUUGUUACACUGUGCACUACUUUUUUCAGAUUCUGGGUGCUUGGGAACUUUACAGUUGUUUUUUGUGGGAGUUUUUUGUUUGUUUUUUAAAAACCACUUUAGCUCCUCUGUGCCUUUUGGAGCAGUUACUAUAGAUUGUUACAGGGAGGAGGAUAUGCAGUGUGGCUUACUACUUCAUUGCAUGUUUAUACUUUUUGAUUUUCUCCUUAUCUGGUAUUGAUGGCACUGACUUAAAAGGGUAAGUAAAGUGAUACUUGGAGUUACUCUAUGAACCGUUAAACCCAGUUCUCAUUAAAGCCAUGUUUAUUUUCACUU